AUGUUUGGUUGCGCUUUGAAUGAGGGGCCAUCAUCCCGGCGGCUCGGAGGUGGAAAAUACAGUUUAAAGUCUCUCUCGAUGCAUUUUAAAUGAACAAGAAGGCUUUUCUGACAGACACCUGAGAGGCCGUUUAGUAUCCUUUCAUCUCCUCGUCGGGUGUCUUUGGAUGUACUCCUCUCCACUCCUUACGUUGUGUGCUUUCAAUCUGAUAUUUCCCAAGACUCAUCUAGACUGAUGCCUUAGUUCCAACUAGACAGUAAUUAAAAACGCAUACAUAUAUUCUGUUUAUAUAGUUAAAAAAAAAAACUCCAGUGGGAGUUCAGACAAUAACCCAUCAACCAUAUUACUCUCCUUCCCCUCUACCUUUUUCUCUUUACGUCAGACUAAGAGGGCCAUCAAAACACACACAUACACACAUACAUACAUAAGCCACCAUGUCCUCCAUCCUUCCCUUCACUCCCCCGGUAGUGAAACGCCUCCUGGGGUGGAAGAAGACUCCUGCAGGGAGUGGAGGAGCAGGGGGAGGAAUUGGAGGAGUCGGGGAGCAGAAUGGAGGUGGGCAGGAGGAGAAAUGGUGUGAGAAGGCUGUGAAAAGCUUGGUGAAGAAGGUGAAGAAGACGGGGCAGCUGGACGAGCUAGAGAAGGCUAUCAGCACGCAGAACAGCAACACAAAGUGUGUCACCAUACCCAGUAAUUGCUCAGAUCUAUGGGGUCUAGGCACAGGCCACACGAUAGAGCAGUGGGACUCUACAGGCAUGUACGGAUACCAUGACCACAGCAGGUCACUGGAUGGGCGUCUUCAGGUGUCCCAUCGUAAGGGCCUGCCCCACGUCAUCUACUGCCGCCUGUGGAGAUGGCCCGACCUUCACAGCCACCAUGAGCUGAGGGCCAUUGACGCCUGCCAGUAUGCCUUCAACCUCAAAAAGGAUGAAGUGUGUGUCAAUCCCUACCAUUACCAGAGAGUGGAGACGCCUGUGCUGCCUCCGGUGUUGGUGCCACGCCACACAGAAAUUCUGACAGAGCUUCCGCCUCUAGAUGACUUUACAAACUCCAUCCCUGAAAACACCAACUUCCCUGCUGGCAUAGACCCUCCUAAUAACUACAUACCAGAGACUCCUCCACCUGGCUACAUCAGUGAAGAUGGAGAGACCAGUGACCAGCAGAUGAGUCAAAGUAUGGAAACAGGCUCACCAGCAGAAAUGUCGCCAAGCACCCUGUCACCUGUCAGUCAUGGCCUGGACCUUCAGCCGGUUACCUACAGCGAACCAGCUUUCUGGUGCUCGAUAGCCUACUAUGAGCUAAACCAGCGGGUUGGAGAGACGUUCCACGCCUCACAGCCAUCUCUGACAGUCGAUGGCUUCACCGACCCUUCCAACUCUGAACGCUUCUGUCUAGGGCUCCUCAGCAAUGUUAACAGGAACGCAACUGUCGAAAUGACAAGGAGACAUAUAGGUCGUGGUGUGAGGUUGUAUUACAUCGGAGGGGAGGUGUUCGCCGAGUGCCUCAGCGACAGUGCCAUUUUUGUCCAGAGUCCUAACUGCAACCAGCGAUACGGCUGGCACCCUGCCACAGUUUGCAAGAUACCACCAGGCUGCAAUCUGAAGAUUUUUAACAACCAGGAGUUUGCUGCACUGCUGGCCCAGUCAGUCAAUCAGGGGUUUGAGGCAGUCUACCAACUAACUAGGAUGUGCACCAUCAGAAUGAGCUUCGUCAAGGGCUGGGGAGCAGAGUACAGACGUCAGACAGUAACCAGCACUCCAUGUUGGAUUGAGCUUCAUCUCAAUGGCCCCCUCCAGUGGUUGGAUAAGGUGCUGACCCAGAUGGGUUCACCAUCAGUGCGCUGCUCCAGUAUGUCCUAGACAGGGUUUGGCUGCUGCUUACGCAAAGUCAAACUGGCAUCUCACAACAUUUGACCAGUAUGUCUUAAGGGAGACCGCCGUGCAGUCUUAAAACUGAUGUGCUAACAACAUUAUGAAAGUGGAAAAAGGAAAGGAUUACACUAUGGACCUGGAGGACGGGAGAAGACAUGAUGGACAAUAGUGGAAUGUUAACACUGAUGUGUCAGUGAGCCUGAUCACCUUUGGCUCUGUUGGAUUAACGAUGACAUUCUAGUAAUCAUGGACCUCGUAAUUGAAAUGACCCUGCAAUAUCAAAAUGACAAAGAGAGUGAUGUCAAAAUGGACCAGACUAUAUUCAAAAAUAAAAUGAGAACAGCUGUUUCUGGGAUUGAGCAUGUGACCUUCUAAUUUACAGGACAGUCUCUCCAACCACUAGUUCUCCUUUCCGCUUCACUACCUACCACAGCACAACUUUGAUUCAGCGUCAAGAUUUCCAUUCACACAAGGUUGACCAACAGUAGUACUGCCACUCCAGGCUCAUGUUCAACCAAAGUCAGCUUUGCGCCUGGACAUGAGUUUGUUUUGUUUUUUCUCUUGGUUUUUGUGACCAAAAUUUCAUUUUUAUCUGAGAUUUCCACUUGUUGUGCUUUUCUCCCAAUGUUCCUGUGCUAGACUGACGGUCUUCAGCUCUUUUAAAGGGGUGACCACUGGAAGAACAAGUUGAUGUAUGCCCCUUCUUCGCAUGUACACACACACACACUGUCACGCAGACAAACCUUUCCAUAACUUAAUAUUUUAACACCCUUUUGCUUUGAAAUAACGACAAACCAGUUCCCCUGUGUUUUAAUGUUGAUUGAUCCUAUUCAACCAUAGGUGUGCAGUGGGGUAGAUGUUCGAGUGUGAGGAGUUUUUAUUGUAAAGUGUGGUCAGUGGCUAACCACUACAGAUAACUGGAAUGAUUAAGUAAGCUAAGGAAUUCUCAGCACAAGAGCGUGGUACAUGUCACUCCACUGUGAACUUGGUUUCAGAUAGUAAUAAAAGCGUAUGGUGUUAGACAAUUAA